UUUGCUUUAUCAAUAGAAUAUUAGAAAAGUUGCUACUUGUAUUUGUUUACGUUGUAACAAAUGAAGGAAAUGAGAUUUACAAGAUUUUUAUACAUACUAUUAUUGCUAUCUCUUCAAAUUUUAACUGUAAUUUCUAGGAGUCAUCGUUUAGUACUAAAUAAUGAUGUUAGAAGCUAUUUUCGAAUAUCUACCUUUGGCUUCUUGGCUGGUGGAAAGCUUGAAGUGCAUUUACAAUACUUGACAUUUUCUCCAAAGUACAAUCCAAAGCUUGGACUAACACUUACAAAAACUGUCAGUGAUAGCAUAACUCCAUAUAUGGAGAGUCAACAGAACAAAUGUUUUCUUGCUGAUGAUGCUCUAACAACUGAUGGAAAUGUUCAAAUUGUAUCAUUUCUUUUAGAUCUGAAAAAUAAUGAGCUUCUAGUUAACUGCAGUGCUUUGUUACCUUUUCUUGAAAUAAAAUCAAAUUUUACUGAUUCUGAAAAGUUACAACCUCAAAAAGAAAUCAGUCAUCAAAUAAGUGAAGUUCACAAUAUGAUUAAACAGAAGCGUUCUAUUAAUGAAAAUGAUACUAUAAAAGAACAAGAAAAUAAAGAAAAAAAGCCUUUGAAUCCUGAAAAUAAAAGUGAAAGCAAAGUAACAGAAUCUUCUCCAAAAGAUGAAAGUUCUGUUAAAGAGAAGCAAGAAACCAGUAAUAUAAUAAACUCCCCUAAUACUUGUGGUUCCUUCAAAAUACCUUUCAAGAGUGAAAUAAGUGGACAAAGAAGAAAGAUAACGGAUCUUAAAUUUAUUGUUGAUAUGAAGAAUGAAGAAGCAGUUGGAUUAUACAGUCUUUACUUUCAUAAUUGCGCAAAAAAUGACCAGUUACUCCUGCCUGUUAAUUUGUCUAUUGCUAUUAUUGAAACUAAUGUCAAGAAUUAUCUUUCUGCUGGUGAAAUGCCCUUGCCAAACCUUUAUUUUAUGAUGUCAUUUAUCUUUUUCAUCUCAGGCUGUGUGUGGAUUGGUGUGUUAAGAAGGAAGAAAGAAGAAACAUUCAAAAUUCAUUAUCUGAUGGGCUUGUUAGUAUUUUUGAAGUCACUGUCUCUAUUGUUUCAUGGAAUAAACUAUCACAUUAUAGCUCGAGAAGGAUCUCCUAUAGAAGCCUGGGCUGUUUUAUAUUAUAUUACACAUUUACUCAAAGGUGCUUUGCUGUUCAUUACCAUUGUUUUGAUAGGAACAGGAUGGGCUUUUAUAAAACAUAUUUUAAGUGAUAAGGAUAAAAAGAUCUUCAUGAUUGUCAUCCCAUUGCAGGUUUUGGCUAAUGUUGCUAAAAUUAUAAUGGAGGAAAGUGAAGAAGGUCAGUCUCAACACUAUACAUGGAGGGAAAUAUUCAUUCUGGUUGACCUUAUUUGCUGCGGAGCCAUACUGUUUCCAGUUGUUUGGUCAAUAAGGCAUCUUCAGGAAGCCUCUCAGACAGAUGGGAAAGCUGCUAUAAACUUAGAAAAAUUGAAACUGUUCAGGCAUUUUUAUGUUAUGAUAGUGUGCUAUAUAUAUUUUACAAGGAUUAUAGUGUACUUGUUAAAGAUAACAGUGCCUUUCCAGUACGAAUGGCUUGAUGAAGUAUUUCGUGAGGCUGCAACUUUCACAUUUUUUGUUGUAACUGGAAUAAAUUUCCAGCCCACUGUAAGCAAUCCAUAUUUCCGAUUAUCCCAAGAGGAUGACAUGGAAAUGGAUGAAGUCAUUACUCAAACAGGAUUCACUGAAAAUGUCUCAAAAACUGUGAGGUCAAGAGAAAAUGCUAGUCAGAACGAGGAAGGCACAGCUACAAAACGUGAAAGUAGUCAUGAAUACGAUUAAUUUGAACUAUACCUUUGAAAAAGUGCUGAGAUUAUUUAAUUGCGUUCCUUCAUUUCUUUCCUUGCUAUUUAUGAAUUGUGAUGUCAUCUUAUUUUGUCAUAAGAUAUGUACUUAUUUGUGUACAUUUCAUGGAUCUCAUGAUGAUUUGCUAUUUUGAAUGAAUUGCUGUAAGCUCUCAAUUUAAAUUGCUAGUAGAUCAUAUUAACAGUAUAUAUUUUUGAUAGAAUAGUUCCAAUUUUACUGUAAUUAGUGAAAUUUUCUAGAAGCAUUACUUUGCAUUAUUACUUAGAUGUGUAAAUUAUUUUUAAAAAUUGUUUUUGAUAUUUCACUUUGUGAACUGUGUUCCUAAAAGAUAUUGAAGAAUCAAUCAAUCAAUCAGUUACUUUAAACGGAAUUACACUUACGUAUAUUAUAUAAAAUUGUGUAUACAUUAAAUUAAAAUGUAUGCUUUGUAAAGAUGUCAUUUUUUAUUAAUACUUAAAAAAUUACAUGUAUAAAUAAAACAAUUGCAGUUUUGAAGACUUCUUUUUUGUCCCUUUUUCUUGCAAAAACAACCCCUUUUACACUAUUUGUAUAUAAAAAAGAGUAGCAUUAAAGAAAUUCAAAAUUAAUUUUUUUAAAGCUUUGAUUUUUUUUUUUUUUUUGUUGAAAAUUCUGAAGUAUAUAUAUAAAUGCCAUAAGAAAGUUUUCUUUUUGUAAUUGGUAUUAGCAUUUUAAGAAGUCCUACUCUUUGUAUAUAAAUACAUUUGUGUGAUAGACUAAUGAAAGUUACUGGAUUAUUGAUUUAUGUGGAUUUGAUGACUUAAAGAUUAUAAAAAAUCUAAUCACUGUAUUCUUUUUCAUAUUAUAAGGUUAAAUUUUUAUUAUUGAACAUCAAUUUUUAUUUCAUAAAAUUUAACAUGCAUUUUGGUAAAUAUUUAGCAAGUUACAUGGAUGGUUUUUUUUUUUUUAUUACACUUUGAUGUUUGAUAACUUUGUUACUGUUUUGUGGAGCCCAUUGUCUUAUAAAUCACAAAUUAUUACUUGCAAUUUCUGACCAGUAAAACAAAUUUUGAAGGUGAGAAAAACUAUAGUGUGCUACAUCAGUAGCACACUAUACUUUUUCUACAACAGACACUAACAUCAAAGUGUUAGGAGAAUUUUAAAUAAUUAAAUAAGCAUUAUUUAGGCUCAAAAAAUGUACAGCAGUAUUUUUUUAAAGGUUUUUUGUCCUCCCCUCAAACCUCUUUUAUAUGGAGGAGAUGCUUUUUAAUAUAAUUUUCAAAAGGAUAUAUGUUUUCUUAAUCUUUGUUAUAAAGUGUAAUUUUUGGAAUAGUGUUUUUAUUUACUGUUGAUAAAUAUGAAUUAUUUUGUAACAAGUUUUUAAGAAAUUUUUAAUUUAUUAUUGUUUAUAAAUCAAUUAUUUCCAUAGUUAUUUUUGUGCCAUUCAUGUACGAAAUCAUUUUCUUCUUUUAAUAAAAUAUGGUGUUUCAUUUUA